AUGGUCAAAGCAGUUGUUCUCGGUGCUUCUGGUGGCAUUGGCCAGCCGCUUUCCCUCCUCCUCAAAGCCAGUCUUCUCGUUGAUGAGCUCGCGCUUUACGAUGUCGUCAAUACACCAGGUGUUGCUUCUGACCUCUCCCAUAUCUCCACCAUUGCUACUGUCAAAGGAUAUCUACCCAAAGACGAUGGCCUUAAAGACGCUCUCACUGGCGCUGAUGUUGUUGUCAUUCCGGCUGGCAUUCCUCGCAAACCCGGCAUGACCCGCGAUGACCUGUUCAAAGUCAAUGCUGGCAUCGUUCAGACCCUCGCCAAGGGUAUCGCAGAGCACAGUCCUAAGGCUUUUGUCCUCAUCAUCUCCAACCCCGUCAACUCCACCGUCCCUAUCGCCGCUGAGGUUCUCAAAGCCGCUGGCGUAUUCGACCCAAAACGCCUCUUUGGUGUCACUACCCUCGAUGUCGUCCGUGCCGAGACCUUCACUCAAGAGUUUACUGGCCAGAAGGACCCGUCCAAAACUAUCAUUCCCGUCAUUGGCGGCCACUCCGGCGAGACCAUCGUGCCCCUUUUCAGCCAGGCUAAGCCUGCUGUCCAAAUUCCUACUGAUAGAUACGAUGCUCUUUCGCUGAUUAAGGAAACAGGCGUCCAAUUUGGUGGUGAUGAAGUGGUCAAGGCCAAGGAUGGAACUGGUUCGGCCACCUUAUCUAUGGCUUACGCUGGAUUCCGCUUUUCUGAGAGCGUCAUCAGAGCUUCCAAGGGUGAGUCCGGCAUCGUUGAACCAACUUACGUCUACCUUCCCGGCAUCCAAGGAGGCGACGUCAUCAAGAACCUAGUCGGCUUGGACUACUUUUCCAUCCCCGUAGAGCUCGGCAAAUCCGGCGCUGAAAGGGCCCUGGACAUCCUAGGCGGCAUCACGGAACAGGAAAAGAAACUCCUCGAAGUCUGCACCAAGGGCCUCAAGGGCAACAUCGAGAAAGGCAUCGACUUUGUCAAGAACCCACCCACAAAGUAA